AUGGUAUUCUGUUCUCUGGUCGAGUAUGCUGCUGUUGGAUACAUCAGCAAGCGCUUGAAGUUGAAGCAAAAUGAACGAACAGAAAUGAGAGCCAGGUCUUUACCAUCAAAUGAGCCACCGCCGACAAGAACUGUUUCCGUGCCGGCAUACUUCAAUCGCGGUUACCGACCAUUCUACUCCUCUACCGACACCAAUUCGAAUCUCUACAUUCCCGAAAGCCAACGUGUACCUCUAACAUUUCAGGUAAAAUCUAAUCUGAAUGCUUUUGCUUAA